AUGCAUAGUCAGCAGGAUUACGUGUUUGAGGUGUACUACGAGGAAGAUGAAGCAAUUGCGGAUAUAGACUGGGGAAGCAACAAUAAAGAAGAUCAGAGACUAUCAGAAGCUCACGUAUUUUCGGGACGGUAUAAGCCGGUAGCUCAGCAAGUGAAGCCAAUCCCAGGAGUCUUUCCAGAAGGAGCACGAGUAGUUCGGCAGAUACCGGAGGAUCCAUUGCUCACGCUACCGUAUCUAUCUCCGCACCCGCCAGAGUUUGUGCCAACUGGAAAGUUAACGAAAGAGCGAUUGGAGGCAAUGAAGAUAAAUGAAGGAGGAUUUCUCUGGCCGGAAGAGGAGAGACUAUUCCAGCACAUAUUCCGCCUGAACGAAGGUGUACUCGCAUUUGAGGAGUCAGACAGAGGAACAUUCCACGAGGAUUACUUCUCGCCAUACAUUAUACCAACAGUUCCGCAUGUGCCAUGGGUGGAGAAGAACAUCCCAAUUCCACCAGGUAUCAGAGAUGAAGUAAUCAAGCUCCUGCGGGAAAAGCUAGAAGCCGGAGUAUAUGAG